CCCCGCGGGACUCUGCAAGGCUUUCGGGUUUUUUUCAGCGUUAGUUGGUUGAAACUGCACGUCGUGCUUGGGGUAACGGGAAGGUUAAGGUACGAUACGCAUCCGCACAGGCUCUUCCCGAUCUCCAUUUUCGAGCCCUCUGCGGUGCAGACUUGCUGUGGCGGUAAUAGGCUUUAUUUUUCAAUUUAAUUUCAUAGCAUUGGUCUCUUUUAGAGGAUGAGGGACAUCCUUGAUUUAAGAGCGCAGCUGGUAAAGAGUGUUUUCUAUCAGCUGCGUUUAUUAAUUUGAUCAGUACCAUUUGGAGUAGGUCAGGCCGCAGAGCUAAAGUUGCUUGUGUGUUUACUCUGAAGCCUACUGAAGGCCAGGAGGAGGGAGAGCAUGGCCUUGGAGGCGGAAGAGGAACUUGAGCGGUGAUGAUGCAUGAGGCUCCAGGGAGGCUCCUCCUGCUACUACCUGCAAAGGGGGCUGUUUGGGGCCGGUGUCUCUCACCAGCGAAGGGAGCAGGGAUUCGGCUCCUGCCUGGGGGAAACCUGCCCUGUCCCCUGCUUGGCGCUGCUGCCCCCUUGGGGGCUGGUGCCUGAGGCUGGAGGAGGCCGGCAGAGCUGUUGGGAGUGUGCCCGCUGCAUGGGACGGGCCGCGGGGGGAUGCACCCAGCCUGGUAUGCCAUGGCUUUCCGGGCACCCUUUGCCCCACGUGCCCUUUCCACGUGCGGAGGAAACCUCACCCAGGCGCAGCCCCCUGGGUCAAGCUGCCGCCGUUUUUGGUGGGCAGGGAGCCUCAAUGCAGCGGCGUCUCCCUGGAGGAGAGGCUCCUUGAUUAAAUGUUUUAGAAAUACAGGAUAUUGCCCGCUGAUAACCCCCUAAUGCUUUUUUUUUUCUUUGUUUUUUCCAGCGUUGGGCAAGUGGUUAACAUCAAAGCCAAAGUAAACCGAGCGUUUAACUCCAGCAUGGAGGUGGGCAUCCAGGUCAGCCACGAGGACCUCUGCAGCGGGCAGCAGUGGAGCAUGUGCAAGGCGUACGCCACCUUCGUGGCGCAGGGUCACGCCAAUGCCAAGGUCAAGCUGAAGCCACUGACACCUCAGACGGAGGAGGAGAAGAUAGAGCACAGCAUCGCUGCAGAGCGCCGCCGCAUGCGCCUGGCCCACAAGGACACCCUCAAGGACCUCCUCACCCGCAGCCCUCGCGAAACCGAGCUGGAGACACGGGACGGCAGCAUGGCGGUGCCCGCGGAGAAGACUCGGGUGGAGAGUGUGGAGCUGGUGCUGCCACCGCAUGCCAACCACCAGGGCAACACGUUCGGGGGGCAGAUCAUGGCCUGGAUGGAGAACGUCGCCACCAUUGCUGCCAGCCGGCUGUGCCAUGCUCAUCCCACGCUGACCGCCAUCGAGAUGUUCCACUUCCGUGGACCCUCCCAGGUCGGCGACCGCCUGGUGCUGAAGGCCAUCGUCAACAACGCCUUCAAAAACAGCAUGGAGGUCGGGGUCUGCGCUGAGGCAUAUGGGCAGGAGAUGUCCACGAGCCGCCGACACAUCAACAGCGCCUUCAUGACCUUCGUGGUGCUGGACGAGGAGGGCCGACCCCGCACCCUGCCCAUGGUCGUGCCCGAGCCGGAGGAUGGAGAGAGGAGGUACAGAGAAGCCAGUGCUAGGAAAAAGAUUCGGCUGGACAGGAAAUACAUCGUCUCCUGCAGACAGACCGAAGUGCCGUUGUCCGUGCCCUGGGACCAAAGCAACAAGGUUUAUCUGAGCUACAACAAUGUUUCCGCGCUGAAGACUCUGGUCGCGAAAGCAAACUGGGUCCUGGCCAGAGAAAAGGAAAAGGUGAGGAUGUACACGCUGGAGGAGGACAAGUUCCUCUCCUUUCGCAUCGAGAUGACAGUCUGCAUCCCCGCAGCCCAGGCCUUCUCCCUCCUGUCCGACCAACAGGGGGGGCCCAGCCACUAUGCGAGUGCUGAGCUGGUCCAGCAAGUGGACGAUGAUGACGUGAUCUACCACGUGGUGAGCCAGACACUGAGCCACGAGAACAAGCCGCAAGACUUCGUCAUCCUGGCAUCCCGGCGGAAACCCUGCGACAAAGGGGACCCCUACGUGGUGGCUUUCCGGUCGGUGACACUGCCCACCCACCUGCCCAGCCCUGGCUUCACGCGGGGUGAGACGCUCUGCUCGGGCUUCUGCAUCUGGUCGGAGUCGGAGGAGAUGAGCAAGGUGGCCUACUACAACCAGGCCACGCCGGGGUACCUCAACUAUGUGACGACCAACAUUGUGGGCCUGUCCUCCAACUUCUACGCCACCUUCGUAGCCUGCGAGAAGUUCCUGCUGAAGAACAAGGACGACCUCAUCCGGCGGCUCCAGGAUCUCUAGCGGUCCCUUGCGCAGGCGGGGGGCAAGUGGUUGCGUUUAGAUGAGUAGUUCAUUAGCGGCAUUACUAGGAGAGCAGCAAUUGAAGGGUGUGUGGGUGGUGGGACGCCUCGGAUGUGCCUGAGAGCGAAAAGGGAUGUGGUGGAAAGCUGGAGUUGGUCAGAGCCAGGUGGCGAAUCAGGGAGGCUCGGCUCAGACCUGGCCACCCCGCGGAUACUGCUGGUCCUUGCGUGGCUGCGAGUUGGCAGCGUUACAAUGAAGCAUAACCCAGUGCACUGAAACGUCGGAAAUGUCACGUCUUUUUUUUUUUUUUAAUUUUCUAAGCUGUUGUACAUGAAUUGAUUUUUCUAGUUCAGUGGAUGCUACUUGAAUCUUUGUAUGAUCCGAACUCUUACUAAAUAGAUGAUUUUUUUUCUUUUUCUUUUUUUUAAACAAUUUAUUUAGAAGGGACACUGCUGUUGUUUAGGGCAGUGAAUGGAGAAAGGAGCUCUGAUUUGGGGAAGGGGGGGCAGGCGGGGGCACCGGCUACCCCAUCCGCCCCCUUCGAUGCGCCUUCCCUUCCUGGGGGGCACCCGCAGGGCUGUGAGACCCGCUCCUGCGCCCUGGUCACGCUUAGCGUCCGCUCUGUGUCUUUCUUGAUGAGGUUGAGACAGAGGGAGGUGAAACUGGCUGCAUGGAAAAUGGAUUUCUCUUGUUCAAGGAUCUUGUUGCAGCAGCAGAGGCAUUUUGAGGGUUUUUCUCGGCUCGCAGUGAGUCGGGCGCUGUGGGGAUGGCUGCAUCCUGCUCCUUGCUGGCCUGACCCGAGGAGCGGUGCUGCUGGCUGGGGCGGGCAGAAGGAGUGACAAUAAAAGUGCAUUAAAAGCAAAAAAAAAAAAAUAUAACUACACCUUGUGUGAGCGUCUGCUUCUUCUUCUGCGAACAUGGUACAAAACACAAUUUUUUUUACGGAGACCUCUUAUUGCCUGAAACGCUGAGCCAUCCAGCCCCUUCAGCACCGCAGUGUGAGCCAGCCUUUGUGCUUAUCCUCAGAAAUUGCCGAUGCUUGAUUAAGUGCAGGGAAUGGUGUAUUUGUCCAAACAUUAAACUUUAACCGACCUCUUCGUUGCCUGCAGUAUUGCACCCUACGCCACGAAGAGGCACACUGCGGACUGCGCUCAGCUCUGGCACGAAGCACUCGCAGUCAGGGGGAGCAGGACAUCAUCCAAAGGCGGCAUCUCUUUCAAGGCUGCCCCUGCUGUAACUCACGUCCCAGACCACGUGUUGGCCAAGGGGAGGAAGGAUGCUGCGCCGCACAGCCGGCUGCUCUCCGGUGAAUGGGAAUAAAGCAGAAUCGAUGGGCCGCAGCCGUGUGGCUCCCAGGUUGCCGGCGGGAAGAGCAACGCUGG